AGAACACGGAAGUAAAUACGAUGGCAUGUUUCUGACCGUUGGAAAAGCCUUAGGGGCUCUUUAACCGUAAUGUGUAUGCGGUAAAGAUGUUAAUAACGCUAUGUUACGUCUAUCUGUGGGUGCGCUUUCAGAAAUGUUACACGGGGCUCAUCCGGAGUGUUUUGUUUAGACUGCGUGCGAACCGGAACGGGUUGAGUUUCUGCGCGCGGAGUCCCAGUUCAGCCGAGGAGACGGUCUUCCUUCAACUGGGCAACAAGGUGAUUUACAUCACCGAGCCGCAGGCAUGUGAUGACCUGAGCAAGUGGACUUUGUUGCUCGGCCCUUCUUUGGUUUCUGCUCCAAAACUAGAGAACAUCGCUUUUAUUAUAGAAGCUACAAGAAAACAGGCAGCUGUACACUCUCAUCCAACACCAAACAAGAAAGCACUAAAGUGGUCAGACUAUUGCCUUCCUCUGGCCUGCAGCCCGGGACAGCCAUACAGGGCAGUGGCUGAGGCGAGCCUGGACAACUUCAGCACGCUCGGAGUGGCUUUCCUGGAAGACCGACUGCAGAUGGAAAAUGGCCUCAUUCCUGAAAAAAUAGUUUCGGUGUUGCUCAGGGAAUCUGCACUGAAAGAACUUUUUGAGAAGCAGCAAUUAGGCGUGGAGAAAAACUCUGACCAAGUCCUAAGUGGCAUUCCAAAGGACGCCGUUUUGUCCUCGGCUUCUCCGCGUGCGCAACGGGCUGAAGGUAUACCGCAAGACCUCGGAAAGAGCGCGUGUGAAGAGUUGUGCGACCAACAGCUGGAACCAGAGCACGAAACUGACCACCAUCACAUGGAUGGCCGUCACCUGCACCUCUCCAGCUGCCACGAGUGCCUGGAGCUGGAGAACAGCACCAUCCAGUCAGUGAAAUAUGCCUCAGUGGAGAACAUUCCGGACCUGCCUGAUGAUUGCACGGACACUGAUGUAGAGGAGGAAGCCGACGAGACUGUCUCAGCCUGGAGAAGGUUCGACAAUACAAACAGUAAACCGCCGAAUGUGCUUGUGUACACAGGCGGCUGCGAGGAGAGCUACAGACGCGCGCACUCACUUCUGGCUGAAUGCAUCGAUACCGACCGCUAUACCAUCUACCCCCUGCGGCCGCAGCAGGCACUUGAAGAGCCGUGGCUAGAAAACGCUCUGCUCUUGGUGCUGGUCACAGAAGAAGUGCUCACACCUGAGCUGCAGCUGCGCUUCCUGACCUACCUAGGCCAGGGUGGUAAAGUCCUAGGUCUGUCCAGUUCGUUAUGCCCAGCCGGGCUCAGGCUCCACUCCCGGGAGGAACAGCGAGGCCAUAUCUGCAACCUGAACUUCACUAAAUCUGAUAGCACUGAGGUACAGCUAAGCGUGUUAGCCAGUGGGAAUGUUUAUAUACGUGAACCGCAUGAUGCUAGCAGCGGAGAGGUGGAGCUGUGGGGAGAGCUGAGUACCAAGGGUCAAGAGGAGAAAGACAUGGUUAUUGUCAGAGUUGCUCACGGCGAGGAUGGCGGAGAAGCUGUAUUGUGCCAGGUGCAUUUGGAGUCCGCUCCGGACUCUGAACAGGUGCAGGACAGUGCAGGUUUCUCAGAGUUGAAGAUGAGUAAUGCAAAACGCUACGAGGUCCUGACAGAAAUCCUCACCUCUCUAGGCCUGAGCUGUGAACUGAACCAGGUGCCUCAACCAAGCCCCGUUUACCUGCUUUCCACACAGCCGGAGCUGAAGAAUGCGUUUGUACGCUGGCUGAGAGAGCAUGUGGAUAGCGAGGGCAUUGUGCGCUCUCAGAAGACAAGCCUGAGGGUGAGCUGGGGCCGAGAGGAGCUGGUCGAGUUAGGCGAUGGAGAGCUAGCACUGCACACCGAGGCCCCAGAAUUCCUCUCUGAGCAUUUCAGCAUGGAGACGUACAGGCAGCACCUGCAGAGCCAGCGGCUGGGACACACGCUGCUCUAUGCUGAUGUCACUCCUACCACUAUGGACCUGCUAGAGGGAUUGAUGUUGCACUUACCAGAGGAUAUGGGGUUAAUUGCUGUGGCAGGACGUCAGACGAAGGGCAAAGGGCGAGGAGGGAACAUGUGGUUGAGCCCACUGGGUUGCGCCAUGUUCACGCUGCACUUGCAAGUAGCGGUGAGCUCCCGACUUGGCCAGAGAAUCCCCUUCCUGCAGCACCUGGCUGCUCUUGCUGUGGUGGAGGCUGUGCGCACGCUGCCUGGAUAUGAGGACGUUGACCUGAGGGUGAAGUGGCCCAAUGAUAUUUACUACGGUCACCUGAUGAAGCUCGGAGGAGUGCUGGUCACAUCGACGAUGAUGGGAUCCACCUUUUACCUCCUCAUCGGUUGCGGGUUUAACGUGAGCAACAGUAACCCCACCAUCUGCAUUAAUGACCUGGUGGCUCGGCAUAAUCAUGAGCGAGGGAGUAAGCUAAGUCCCCUGAGCUCAGCACAGCUCAUCGGCCGCUCUGUCACUCUGUUAGAGCAGCUCGUUUCUGAGUUUCAGUUGCAUGGCCCUCAGGCAGUUCUGCCCAUUUACUACAAAAGAUGGGUGCAUGGUGGUACAAAGGUACGGUUGUGGAGCGAGGAUGGUCCUGAGGCUGAGGUGGUAGGACUGGAUGAUCACGGCUUCCUGCAGCUCACCUCCUGUAAUCUGGAAAGCAGAUCUUCCUACGUGGGAUGUGCUGAUGGACGAGGAACGAUGUGUGUGUGUGUGUGUGUGUGUGUGUGUUAUGUGAGUAUGUUCUGUCUGUGCUUAUUUUGGUCAGAUAAACUCCGCCAAGGGUCUCGAUGUUGUUUAAUAGGACACACACAUGCUCUCACCAUGCAGUUGGCGUCGUUUAUCUGGAUGUGCAGCUCUGCCUCUGAAUCCAGCACUUCAUUCAUUCAUUCAUUCAUUUAUUCAUUCAUUCAUUUAUUCAUUCUCUCUUCAACAUCCCAAGCUUGUUUACUGCCAAUGUAAAUUACAAACAAAUAAGCAAUCGGGAGGCUGAUUUAUAGUGAUGGAGGCCGGGAGGGUUUCCUCAGCUGAAGCAGGAGCUUUGCGAGAUGUUACAGGGAGAUGAUCCCUGAUUAAAAUGUUCGUGCUCCAAAUUCUUUUGAUUAACACAAAUCAGUUCUAUGUCACUGCAUUUAAUUAACGCAACUUGUCAGUUUUUCAGUGUUUUCAAGAUUUUCAGUGGCUUCAUUACUAUCAGAUAUCAGGCCAGGUAUUAGGACGAGCCCUAAUCUACCUUUCGAUCUUAAUACAAAAUUUAUAUCUCCUUGACUUGCAAGUGACGUCAAGGCAAAAUAGAAACCCGGAUGUCGGCCAUGUUGGUGGAUAUACUGUACAAAUCCGGCAUCAAGCGAUGUUCCGUACAAAACAGUCACGUGUCCCGUGCGCAACUCUUUGUUUUUCCACUGCUUUAAGCGUUCUUUUAGCUCUGCCAUAUCUUUGUGCUGUAUAUGGUUGCGGUCACAACAGUACUCGUGACCGUGGCACGUUCCGAUUUUUUAGAAUUCCGUCCGUGAUUCAGAAAGAGGGCGAGGAAACUCUGAGGCUUAGUACGGAGACGAGACGAGCGCGGCUGAACAACAUCGGCAGGGCUGAUCUAACGGAGGCUAAAACCAAAACAGCUCGUGUUUGCAGUAAUCGUUUUAUCUCAGGUGAGAUUCAAAAGCUUUCUCGAUAACAUCAUGGAAGAAUUUUAUUUCGUGUUGCUAGAAUUUUGCUAGAAAACGAGCGUUCUCUUGUCGUGCUUCACUCGGUCGUUGUUAUAAUUUUAACACGUGUAUUACCAUUUCGCUUCUAGGAGCGCCAGAAAAAUUAUAUGAUUGAAACAAUCCAGACUGGGCACCCACUCAGAAAAUGGGCUGUGUUUCAUUCAAGGUCGGACUUGAUUCUUCGGCAGCCGAACCAGAUAGAACGCGAUAUCUGGGUACUCGAUGGUCAGUAGAAGCGUCUUAUCUUCAGAAAAGUCUGACUUUUUUUAAUAAUAUGGGUCAAAACCACACAUAUCUAUCUUCUCUUUGUAUCGAAUCUUCGCUCGAUUGUUCAAAUCGUGGUAAUACUGAGAAUUCGGCAUUGUUUACAGACAUGCUUUCAGCGGCUGCCGUCCUAGUUGCUUUGUAGAUCCACCAUCAUGGCGGACGCUCAUAAACUGCUCAGUUGAAUUUAACUGGUCUGCGGUUAGCCUUUUGCAUGUUCUGCGAUAAGGUUCUUGAUGUGAUCCUUCUAUGGUAAUACUCUUGGGUACAUAAUUAUUAUACUAUUGCGUCUUGCCU